ACUUUUAAAAAUGAAAAAAGCAAAGUUAAAUGAGCAGGAAAAUGGAGACUUCUGUUUUCAUGGAGAUUUUAAAUCCAAUGAAUUGGAUAUUCCAUUUCACAUGUUAAUGCACAAGGCAAGAGCAGCAUCUCCAGAAAAUUUGGAACAAUUAAGAGAGACUAAUAAUGCUUCCAUGAGAAGACAAAUGGAACUCAGAAUUAAAGACCUGGAAUCAGAGGUCUAUAAAAUGAAAAUUCAAGAAAAUUCUACUAAAGUACAAUUGGAAACAUACAAACAACUCUACCUAGAAGAACUCAAUACUAUAAAUAUGUUGUUCAGUAAACUAAACAAGGCUUAUGAUAAGCUAGAAGUGGUCCAAACCAAACAUCUGUUGGACAAACGACAACACAGAACAUUACUGAGCACUCUUAGUACAAGACCUGUCCUACAAUAUCCAUGUGGCAGUAAUCUUGACCAUAGUUUGGCGUUCCAAAGCAGAUUUCUUCCACAGCCUUCAAACAACAGCGUGUUGAGCAACCUGACCGAGGUUAGUGAUGGUAUCAUCUUUCCUUUGUAUCUCCUAUUUAUGAUUUAAUUCUGAUUUGAUU